UUGUUCGUUCGGAGGGAGAGAGAGAGAUAGAGAGAGGGAGAGGGAGAGAUGGCAGCGGCCAUGGAAGAGGAGAAUGGCGAGUUCUAUCUGCGCUACUACGUAGGGCACAAGGGGAAGUUCGGGCACGAGUUCUUAGAGUUCGAGUUCCGGCCAGAUGGCAAGCUCCGCUACGCCAACAAUUCCAAUUACAAGAACGACACCAUGAUCCGUAAGGAGGUGUUCCUCACCCCCGCCGUUCUCCGCGAGUGCCGCCGUAUCGUCGCCGAUAGUGAGAUAAUGAAGGAAGAUGAUAACAACUGGCCCGAACCGGACCGUGUGGGUCGGCAAGAGCUCGAGAUUGUGAUGGGGAAUGAACAUAUUUCGUUUACUACUUCGAAGAUUGGGUCACUUAUGGAUGUCCAAUCCAGCAAAGAUCCAGAAGGCCUUCGCAUCUUCUACUAUCUCGUUCAGGAUUUGAAAUGUUUUGUGUUCUCCCUUAUCUCACUUCACUUCAAGAUCAAACCAAUAUAAAGGUGGAUCAGAAUGUUGCCCUCAAAGGCUGUUUUGCUGUGUACGGAACAGGAUUUUGCGAUGUUCCCGGUUUGGUGAUAUUUUCUUAGGUUUAAUGGAUUUUGUGCGCACAGUGUGGUUUGGAUGGGAGUGAUGAUGCUCAUAUCAUGUACACGAUGUUGGAGGAAAUCCUAAUUAAAUUUAACAGAACUUUAUCAUGUGCAAGAUCCUUAUUUUGUAAUCUAACCCAAACUGUACUUUUUGUAUGAUUUAGACGUUAUUUGUUUGGGAGUUUAUUAUUAUUAUUAUAUAUA